CGAAGGAGAACACGUUUUUUUUCAAAGUGACGGUAUUUCAGAAGUCAACAGACGUCAUGGUUGGUUGGACCUCGGCCGGCCUCUAGGGGGCGCUGGUCUGAGCCUCGGCCGCCGCCCCCACCGUGUGAUGAAGCACCUGGUGGUCCCAGCCGACGGUGGUCAGAGUGUCAGACCCGCCGUGGAGCCAACAGACCCCCCUCACAAAGUCCUGGUGCCGCCUGUCUCUCAACCUGUGGGGGGCGGCGAUAAUGCGUCGGUCAGGGAGUCGUUUUGCCAGCAUUAUACUUAUAAAAAAAAAGUGUAGAGUAAGAACUCAACCACUUACUGUUCUGCAAGUUCAGCGUUCAGCACAGCAACGGAACAGUCAUCACUGAUGGAUGCUAGCAAGGGGGUACUGUUGUAGCAAGAAAAGCAUACAUUUAUUUUAUUAAGCUUUUAUGUUUUUCGCAAUUGAAUUCGAAGAGUGCCUUGACCGAGCAUAAUACUUGUGUGUCGUUCUUUACCUGUGUGUGGAGAAGGCUAGACCGGUGACUCUGCGGUUGUGGAUGGCCUUCGUCAGGGUGGGCUGUGAUCCCUGUAAAUCCUUCAGCGCCACUCGACCCAACUCGUCACCUAAAAAAAGAGAGGAGCGCAAGCUGUCGUCAACACACGGGCCAACCAUCACCCAGCGGAUUACAUCUGGGAAUGGACCAAAGACAAUCACCCACUGCCUUACCAUACGCAAUAGUGCUCAUUUGAUUAGGGUGCCAGGCCACGGAAGUGGGACAGCAGCCAGGGGCCUCCAGAUCUGACACAGAAAAAGCAAGGCAAUGGGAUGAGGCGCCAGAAUCAAUAAUCAGCCACCGGGUAAGAUUGAAGAUGGUUUAUUGUCAUAUACACAACAAUCACAGACGCAGCCGCUGGAAAUGAAAUUCUUAAGUCUCAGGCUCCUUCCACAGUGCAAUAUAAAAGUAUAAAAGAAACACAAGUAAGAGAUCGAAGCCUAAAUAAAUAAAUAAACUACAAUACUGGACAUCAAUAAUUAGAAUAAAUAUAUAAUAACUUGUAUAUAAGAAUAACUAAGGUUUAAAUAAGGGGCUGCUAGGCCCGCUACGAUGCGGUGUGUCAAUGUAGAAAAUACAUGUAUCCUGACCUUCGCUGCAACUCACCUAUUCGCAAGGCUGGCUUGUCUGGCUUCCUGGUGUCCCACACCAGCAAGCGGCCAUCCUGCGUGAAGGCUAAAGGUUAGCAGUCCACCGACAGAAAUCUCCCUGGGUAUCAAUUGCUUAUAAAAGAUACCACGGUAAUAAAGUAAAUGACAAAUUUAAUGUGUGUCGUGACAUCAUUUAAACGGCGCUCAAACGCUCCAAAACGAGAUUCAUAGGCUCAUAAACCAAUUCUAUUCACAUCGUUUGUUGAACCCUCAGGCAACAGCUUUUUUUUUUUUGUCUUGCAUACGUGUUGGUGGCACCUUUAUAAUAAUCGUUGGGUAAUAAUAAUAGUGUGUGAUAAUGUGUGCAUGCCAAUUAGGGACAAUAAUCACGUACCUGGCCACAGGAGAGGAAGAGAGCGUCCUCCAGUGGACUGCUGGCCACACAGCUGACUGGCUUUGUGUGUGCUGUAACAAGGAAUCUAUUAUUAAGCGAUGCACUUAAUAUUUAAAAUAAUAUAGUAAUUAUUCACGACAAAAUUACACAAUAGAAGUUACAAUAAAUUGCCAUUAAGAACAUUAAAUAAAUACAAAAUAAAAUAGGCUAUGCAAUGUGUAAAACAAUGGCCCAUCAUAUUCCACAUUUAGGAUACUUAAUAAUAAUUUCUUCAAGAAUUACUCCCAUUCCAAGAAGUUGUCUUCUUACCAUUGUACGUGGUGACAACCGUCUCUUGAGCAAGAUCCCAGAUCUUGAUUCUACAGGAAAGGAAUACACAUGGUCAGUAUAAUACUAAAACUCAGAAAGGUGACAGUUAAAUUUUAGACUACUGCUUAUUAUGGGCAACUAGAUGAGUUAGAAAAUGUAAUCUAACCGGCAGUCCAUGCUGCCAGUGACAGCAGUGAUGCCACCAACCGUGGGGCUCACGCUGGUGAUGAUGUUGUCAUGAUCAUGUUUACUGAAGCGGUUCACCAACAAAUGCUCGUCCUCUGACAGCUCCCAUAACUCCAACGCACCUGCAAAGCGAUCACACAAAUGUACAUAAGAAAAGCAAAUCAUAGUAAAUGGGUACUAAGCUAUCAUUAUAUAUAUAUAUAUAUUGCAAUCUUCUUCUCGACUCACCUGAAUCAGAUGAAACUAGGACACCUUUUUCUGACACCCAUUUAAGAUCCGUGAUGCCAGCCUCUGUCUGUACACCAGCUUUGCAGAAUCCUUCAUUUGGGGCCUUUCCGGGCUCAUUGUAAACCCAUAUCGAGCCCAACCAGCACCUGCCCGCUAGACUGGAGGCCCCAAGAAGCAAUGUUCCAUCUAGAAAGAAAAAGUUGAAAAAAAAUCGGGAUAACAAUGAAGCGAAUUUAUGUGACGCAUUCAAUGAAGUAUAGCUUUUUGCUGUAACCAGAGCAAAACUAAACAGAUUUUAACUUCCUCAUAUCCCAAAAAAAUCGAAAUAAAAUAGGGUCAUUACAUUUUUUAUUAAAGAAGCAGCAACACGUGCAUUAUUGGCCAUUUUAAGAUGUCAUUACCCGCCCUGUACUGCGCGCAGUCCAAGUGUUUUUCCAUGCAUGCUGGAGCAUUGGGAGGUAUAGUCCAUGGGUUUUCCUUAGUCAUACUGGUAUCCAGUGUUCCGUUUUCCAGGACCUAUGCAAAUAAAAGCAUUAACACACUACAGGAGCUACAGAUGUUUGCAGUCCUAGAACACUAGGUAACGUGAGCUAAGGCUAGCCAUGCAAAUUAAUCUUUGAACGUUGCAUUUGGCUUGACUAGAGUAGGACCCCACACGGAUCGAUUAUCCAAUCUCACAACGCAAUCACGUCACUUUUACAAGCAAUAAAAUCCAUGAUAUUUAAGGUUUGAACAUGAAUGGAAAGACAACAGCAACACAUGGGUCGUACCAUUUUCGUGCACUUCCGCGGAGGUCUGCCGACUCUUCUUCGUGGACGACGAGAUGAAAAAUAAAAGCACAGUUAUGCUGCAUCCUACUGCCCUCUAGUGUGGUAAAUGUAAAGGUUCAGAGCCUGGCUUCAUGUUGCAUCUCAUUCAACGGACAUGGUUGAUUCUAAUGUUCUCUAAUGACUACAUUACAAAGAUGUUGGAGUCUGCAGAAUUUCAUGUUUUGAAAAAAAAAAAAAAACUGACGUGAAGUUGAUUUAAUUUGAAAGUAUAUAUAACUAUAUACACACACACACGUAAAGAUAAUAACAAGAUAUUUCCUGUCCCGUAUAAAUAUUUAAUCAAGAUACAAGUGAUGAGAAACAGGGUAGACACAACUUGUUUAAAUGAUAAUUGUGUUAUUAGAUGAACACUGACUGGCUGUCAACCUCCAUAUCCCAACGUGUGGUAUAAGAAAAUGCUUCACUUCUUUAAUCGUAUAAUAUUUUAUAUGUAAAAGUAAAACAGUACUGCCUUUUUGUAAUUAAAAUCAGUGCCUGUUUCAACAACUCAGUUUACCCAAUUUUAGCAAGUAUUUUAUUGUGAAAGUUUGAUGCAUCGAAACGGAAGUGGUGGCUGUAUAACCGCGCGCUUCACGCUAGCCUAUCACCUAAUCGAUAUAUUAUAAGCUUUCAACUUUCAAAUGGUACUGAUAUUGUGAGCGCUGUAACGCACACAGUAAAGGUAGGUCCCCACUCGGGGAGAAAAGCCAUCCAGUUUCGGCGAAGUCAUGUUGUGAAUCAUCCGCUCAUCGGGAUACCUUUGUCUCACCAUCACAUGCUAACCCUAGCCAGCCUUAGCUGAUUAUCAAAGAAAAAGGGAAACAUUACUACUGUGGCUUCUGCCAUGGCCUUGAAAAAGAAGAGGACCUCGUCACCUUCCAGCAGCGUCAGCGGGGGAGAUUUUGAAGACAGCCAACCGUCAUUGUUGGUGUCUUCAGCGGGAAGAAAGAGGAGACGUAUAUCGAGCAUUCCAACAGUUGAUCCUAUUGCUGUGUGUCAUGAACUAUACAACACCGUCAGAGACUACAAGGAUGACCAGGGUAGGAUGCUAUGUGAGCUCUUCAUCAGAGCCCCUAAAAGAAGGAACCAACCCGACUACUACCACGUGGUGUCCCAGCCCAUUGACAUGAUGAAGAUCCAGCAGAAGCUGAAGAUGGAGGAGUACGACGACGUUGAGCAAAUCACCAGUGAUUUUCAACUCUUGUUCAACAACGCUAAAACUUAUUACAAGGCAGACAGCCCAGAGCAUCGGGCUGCGUGUAAACUGUGGGACCUCUACAUGCGCACCAAGAAUGAGUUUGUUCAGCGGGGGGACUAUGAGGAUGAUGAGGAGGAAGGUUACGAUGCACAGGACACCGCUGGAGGACAGACUGAGGACGAGAGCACCCCGUCCUGCCUGAAGGAGCACCUGGAGCACCUCCUGGAGGCGGUGGUCUCCCACACGGAGCCCACGGGCCGCCUGGUCAGCGAGCUGUUCCAGAAGCUGCCCUCCAAAGUGCAAUACCCAGACUAUUACGCCAUCAUUAAAGACCCAAUCGAUCUGAGGAUCAUCGCUCAAAAGAUUCAGAUGGGUAACUACCGAAGUGUGAGUGCCAUGGCGAAAGACAUUGAUUUACUCACCAAAAAUGCCAAGAAUUACAACGAGCCAGGAUCACAAGUUUUUAAGGAUGCAAACACCAUCAAAAAGUUAUUUGCGCAGAAGAAGGCGGACAUGGACCACGCGGAACCCACCAAGUCCAGCAUACGCAUCAGGAACAGACGUUCCACCCAGGGUGACCGUCUCUCUGCGAUCACCAUGGCCCUGCAGUAUGAAAGUGACGAGGAAGGCAUUCUCUCUGGGUCGGUCCACUACGACGAGGGGGAGUCUGAGGCCGAGGGCAUCCACUCCAACAUGGACAUGAGCAACCCCAUCUUCCAGCUGUACGAGGCGGUGCGGGGGGGCCGCAACAGCCAGGGCCAGCUGAUCUCGGAGCCCUUCCUGCAGCUCCCCUCCAGGAAGGACUACCCCGAUUACUACCAGCAGAUCGGGCAGCCCAUCUGCCUGCACCAGAUCAGGAACAAGAUGAAGAGCAACGAGUACGACAGCCUGGAGCACCUGGACAGCGACCUGACGCGCAUGCUGGAGAACGGCAAGCGCUUCAACGUGCCCCACUCCUCCAUCUACAAGAGGGCCCUGAAGCUGCAGCACAUCCAGCAGAUGAAGAAGAAGGAGCUCCUGCGGCGAGACGACGACGAAGGGGACAGCACGAUGUCCUCGUCCCUCUGCGACAGCGUCAGCUCAAAGAGGAAAAUGUACAAGAAGAACACCAAGAAGAACCGCAUGCGCACGCUGUUCAUCGCGGUGACCGAGGCACGGGACCCGCCCACGGGGCGCCGGCUAUGUGACCUCUUCAUGGUCAAGCCCUCCAAGAAGGACUACCCCGACUACUAUAAGGUGAUCCUGGAGCCCAUGGACCUGCGUACGGUGGAGCACAACAUCCGCAACGACAAGUACACCAGCGAGGACGCCCUGAUGGAGGACAUGAGGCUGAUGUUCCGCAACGCACGCCACUACAACGAGGAGGGCUCCCAGGUCUACAACGACGCCGACGUCCUGGAGAAGAUCCUGAAGGACCGGAGAAGAGAUCUGGGCCCGUCGAUCGACGACGAUGACAUGAUGAUCACCCCUAAGUUAAAGAUAAGGAAGAACAGCCUGACCCUGAAGAAGUCCAAGUACCUGACGCCGCUGCAGCAGAAGCUGAGCGAGCUGUACGAGGCCGUGAAGAACUUCACGGACAAGCGCGGCCGUCGCCUCAGCACCAUCUUCCUGCGGCUGCCGUCGCGCGCCGAGCUGCCCGACUACUACCUGGCCAUCAAGAAGCCCGUGGACAUGGAGAAGGUCAAGAGCCACAUGCUGGCCAACAAGUACCAGGACGUGGACGCGCUGGUGGAAGACCUGGUGCUCAUGUUCAACAACGCGUGCACCUACAACGAGCCCGAGUCGCUGAUCUACCGCGACGCGCUCAUGCUGCACCGCGUGCUCCUGGAGACCCGGCGGGACCUGGAGGGCGGCGAGGACUCUGGCGCGCCCGACGUGCCGCGGCUGAUCCAGGAGCUGAUCCGCAGCCUGUUCGUGUCGGUGCUGGGCCACCAGGACGACGAGGGCCGCUGCUACAGCGACUCCCUGGCCGAGAUCCCCGCGCUGGACCCCGCCGGGCCCGAGAAGCCCCGGCUCAACUUCGAGAUCGUCCGGUCCAACGUGGACCGGGGCCGCUACAAGAGGCUGGACGUGUUCCAGGACCACAUGUUCGAGGUGCUGGAGAAGGCCCGUCGGAUGCACAGGACGGACUCGGAGAUCUUCGAGGACGCCGUGGAGCUGCAGCAGUUCUUCAUCCGCAUCCGGGACGAGCUGUGCAAGAACGGAGAGAUCCUGCUGUCGCCGGCGCUCAGCUACACCUCCAAGCACCUGCACGGCGACGUGGAGAAGGAGAAGAAGAGGAAGCUGCCCAAGGAGUUUGAGGAGGACAAGCUGAAGAGGGAGGAGGAGAAAAAGGAAGCAGAGAAGAGCGAGGAGCCCGUUGGGGGGUCCUGGCAGUCGGGCCAGCAGCGCACGUACAGCCAGGACUGCAGCUUCAAGGACAGCCUGUACCGCGUGGGGGACUACGUGUACGUGGAGUCCUCCGAGACCACCCUGCAGCCACACAUCAUCUGCAUCGAGCGCCUGUGGCAGGACCACACCGGUGAACAGUGGAUGUACGGCUGCUGGUUCUACCGGCCCAACGAGACCUUUCACCUCGCCACCCGGAAGUUCCUGGAGAAAGAGGUCUUCAAGAGUGACUUCUACAACAAAGCCCCCGUCAGCAAGAUCCUGGGCAAGUGCGUGGUCAUGUUUGUCAAGGAGUACUUCAAGCUCCACCCAGAGGGCUUCAGGGCGGAGGACGUCUACGUGUGCGAGUCGCGCUACUCGGCCAAGGCCAAGGCCUUCAAGAAGAUCAAGAUGUGGACGUCGCCGCUGAACGCCGUGCGCUUCGUACCCAGAGACAUACCUCUGCCGGUCGUGCGCGUGGCCUCCAUGUUCGCGCCGAAGCGCGACGAGAAGCCCCCGGAGGUGACGGAGGAGAGCAAGACGACGGACGCCGACGCUGACAAGGAUAGGGAAGACGUCACCGUGGACGUGACCAAUGGGGAGCCUGGCUGCCAGUACUACGAGCAGCUCUGCUACAACAACAUGUGGCUCAAAGUGGGCGACUGCGUCUACAUCGGCUCCCACGGACUGGUGCGCCACCAUGUGGGCAGGGUGGAGAAGAUGUGGGUGCGGGACGGCGCGGCGUACUUCUUCGGGCCCAUCUUCAUCCACCCGGAGGAGACGGAGCACGAGCCCACCAAGAUGUUCUACAAGAAGGAGGUGUUCCUCAGCAACCUGGAGGAGGCCUGUCCCCUGACCUGCGUCAUCGGGAAGUGUGCAGUGUCCUCCUUCAAGGAGUACCUGUCCUGCCGGCCCACCGAGGUACCCGAGGACGACGUGCUGCUGUGCGAGAGCCGCUACAUCGAGACGGAGAAGCAGAUGAAGAAGUUCAAGGGCCUGAAGCGCUUCCCACUGUCGGCCAAGGUGGUGGAGGACGAGACCUACUACUUCAGGAAGCUCAUCGUGCCCCAGAAGGAACCCUCCCCACUGCUGGACAAGAAGAUCGAGGAGCUGGAGGCAAAGUUCGCCGACAUGACGGACGAAGAGCUGGAGGACCUGGGGGAGGACGACAUAGACCUGGCCGACCAAUCCCUGCCCCAGCUGCAGCGCUCCCUGUCCAGUGACAUGGACAUCAUGCCCUACACUCCUCCACAGUCAACGCCAAAGUCCAUCAAGGGGCUCUCGAAGAAGGAGGGCUCCAAGAGGAAGAUCAACAUGAGCGGCUACAUCCUGUUCAGCAGCGAGAUGCGGGCCGUCAUCAAGGCCCGGCACCCCGACUUCUCCUUCGGGGAGCUGAGCCGGCUGGUGGGCACCGAGUGGAGGAACCUGGAGGGCUCCAAGAAGGCCGAAUAUGAGGAGCGAGCAGCGAAGGUCGCCGAGCAGCAGGAGCGUGAGAGGGCGGCGUUGCAGCAGGCACUAGGGAUACCCAGAGCAGGUAUGUCAGCGAUGGAUGGCAUGCUUUGCAUGAGUGUCAUGCCAUCGCAUAGCAUGGGAGCGCCCGUCUACCUCCCCAUGCUUCUGCCCUUUGGGCACGGCUACCACGGGUUAUCGGCGCACUGGGGUAUGAAUACCAUUGGAGGAGCCCACGGAGCCCAUGGAGCUCAGACCGGGGCGAUGGGGUCAGGGCAGGCGGCCCCCCCGCCAUACCAGGCGUCCCAGGGCCAGCAGGGCCAGCACACCAUGCAGCAGCCCUCCAUGCCCAUGUUCGUGGCCCCGCCGCCCAAGCCCCAGCGCCUGCUCCACUCCGAGGCCUACCUGAAGUACAUCGAGGGGCUCUCUGCAGAGUGCCCCACCGUCAGCAAGUGGGACCAGACCCUCUCAGCGCGGAAGAGUGACGUGCGUCUGACGAAGGAGCAGGAGGCCAGGCUGCCGUCCCAUUGGCUGAAGAGCAAGGGAGCCCACAACACCAUGGCCGACGCCCUGUGGCGUCUCCGCGACCUGAUGCUGCGAGACAGCCUCACGGUCCGCUACGCCUGCACCCCCUAGCCCCCCCCCCCCUUCAUGCUUCUGCUGCUGUUGUUAUUGUUGUUGUUGUUUACUGUUGUUUACCGAGCCUCUGCUCCCACUGUCACACAGAAGAGGGUCACGCUCACUAAAAGUUUUAGUUGUUGUUUAUUCCGAACUGUAUUUGUUUGUGUUGACUUGUUGUGCUGGUGUUUAUGUGAGCUGUGGCGAUGCCCUUUUUGUUUAAACGGUUCAGUUUUGCUUCAUCGUUCCGGGGCAUUUAUAGUUAUGACUGUAGUUCGGUGAAAUGUCAAUGUUUGCACAUGUUAAGAAAUCGGAAGGUCUUAGUUGAAUUGUUUAUUUGCAAAUGCCAACAAAAAUAUGGUAUGGCAUUCUGGAAAAUGUGCCAUUUGGCUUUUAUGUUGAAAAGUAGCUUCCUUUCUAAUUGUAUAAGGACUUGAAAGUAAA